GUGCGAGGGAGCAUGUGACUUUGCUCCCGGGCCUGGGAGACGGCGGCGAAGGGCCUGCAGUGAGCCGGCCGCCGCCUUCUUGUCUGGGCCGCCCAGUUCUCUGGUCGCACAUGCACAUAUUGAAUGGAAGGAAGGAGGAGGAAGAUGAGCCUCAAGUCCGAACGCCGAGGCAUCCACGUGGACCAGUCGGAGCUCCUCUGCAAGAAGGGAUGUGGUUACUAUGGCAACCCUGGCUGGCAGGGCUUCUGCUCCAAGUGCUGGCGAGAAGAGUACCAAAAGGCCCGGCAGAAGCAGAUUCAGGAGGACUGGGAGCUUGCUGAGCGGCUGCAGCGUGAGGAAGAGGAAGCCUACGCCAGCACUCAGCACCCUCAAGGGGCCCAGUCACUCACCUUCUCCAAGUUCGAGGAGAAGAAGACCAACGAGAAGUCCCGGAAAGUGACGACCGUGAAGAAAUUCUUUGGGGCUUCUUCGCGGGCAGGAUCCAAGAAAGUGCUGGCUGGCAAGCUGAGAGAUGUCCAGGAAGCCAAGGCGGCCAGUCCAAUCAGCAGGCAAGUCAGCAUCGAAACAGACAGAGUGUCCAAGGACUUUAUCGAGUUCUUGAAGGCCUACCACAAAGCCGGGCAGGAGAUCUACAAGCAGUGCAAGCUGUUUCUGGAAGCCAUGCAUCACAAACGGGAAAUGAGCAUCGAAGAACAGUCCGAAUACACCCAGGACUUCUAUCAGAACGUGGCAGAUAAGCUGCAUGCUCGCUGGAAAGUACCCCCAGAAAAAGUGGAACUGGCAAUGGACCAGAUUGAGAAGUACAUCAUGACCCGCCUGUAUAAGUACGUUUUCUGCCCGGAAACUACCGAAGAUGAGAAGAAGGACCUUGCUGUUCAGAAGAGAAUCAGGGCUUUGCACUGGGUGACUUCGCAGAUGCUGUGUGUUCCUGUCGACGAGGAAAUCCCCGAAGUCUCGGAUGUGGUGGUGAAAGCAAUCACAGACAUCAUCGAGAUGGAUUCGAAGCGGGUCCCGCGGGACAAACUGGCCUGCAUCACUAGCUGCAGCAAGCACAUUUUCACGGCCAUCCGGACCACGAAGAACGAGCCGGCCUCCGCGGACGACUUCCUGCCCACCCUCAUCUACAUUGUGCUGAAGGGCAACCCUCCCCGCCUGCAGUCCAACCUCCAGUACAUCACUCGCUUUUGCAAUCCCAGCAGGCUCAUGACUGGCGAGGAUGGCUAUUACUUCACUAACCUGUGCUGUGCUGUGGCCUUCAUAGAGAAGCUGGACGCGCAGUCCCUAAACCUGAGCCAGGAAGACUUUGACCGUUACAUGUCCGGCCAGGCAUCUCCAAAGAAACAGGAACCCGAGAACUGGUCAGGUGACAUGUCUGUGGGGGUCCGGCAGAUGUACAGGAACCUUGACCUCAUCUCCCAGCUCAACGAGCGGCAAGAGAAGAUUGUCAACGAGGCCAAGAAACUGGAGAGAGAUUUGAUUGACUGGACCGACGGGGUUGCAAAGGAAGUCCAAGAGAUCGUCGAGAAGUACCCCUUGGAGAUCAAGCCCCCAAAUCCGGCCUUAGCCGCUAUUGACUCUGAAAAUGUAGAGAAUGACAAACUCCCCCCGCCUUUGCAGCCACAGGUGUAUGCCGGUUGACGGCCUCUUCUGGGAUAUCAGCAGACAAAUUCCUUCACUCUGCUUUCCUCUUCUGGGUGGGUGGUCCAAGAGAUCCAUCAGACAACUUUAAAGCCGGCACGUUUUUUAGAGGUACUAUUACUGGCAGGGUUGGCCAACAGUGUUCUUUUUAGCCGGAAAUAGGUUUAUUUUCAGGAUCGCGUGUUUGGUGAAGGUGAACCAAAUUUAACUUCUUCUUUUUUUAUUUUACAUGACUCCAGUGUGAUUUUAACGAAAUACCCAGGGGUACGUGUGCAAUUUAUUCUUCCUGGCGUGCUUUUUUUUCCUUUUAAAAAUCGAAUGAAGUGUGUUUGGCUCUCCCUCCCCCCCCCUCCUGAAAUAAAGAAAAUAAUCAGCACUUUGCAGAAGGAUGCCAAGUUGGACCUUUUGAAAAAUUAAAAGGAUGCUUUUUUGUUUUUUUAAAAAAGGAAAUCUAUUGUAGAAGUAAAUAUUUAAAAUUGUACAUAGGUUUGAAAUGUUCCGUGUCUGAUAUGCCUGAUAUCUUGUAAGGAAUGAUGCUUUUGUAAAAGAUUUCCGCACCAUCAGCAGGAUAAAUGUCCUGCUAAGUGACUUUGUUCCUGGGCUUGGUGGGGAAGAGGAAUGGGUUUUCUUGCGGUCUCAACCAUAACUUGAGUAAACACUCGUAUCCUAAUAUUUAUAAUUUCUCAUCUAAACUAGUCGUGAUGCACAGCAAAACGAUCCUUCCCCCCCGCCGCCCCGUGGGUCAGCAUGCGGCAUCAACUGCUCCUCACACCUGUUCGGAGAUUAGAGAAUCACCUGCAAUGAAGCCCGCUGUUUUUCUGCAGGUGUUAGAGCCAAUUCAUGCUGCCCUAGAAGCCAGAGGACGUGGACUGGCGGUGACGCUUGGUGGAACGGUGGCUUCACUGCCAGCAUGUUCGAAAGUCUCUUUUCUCCAUUUAAACACACAUUUUAUCAUCCCACCACCAAGAACUCUGAGAAUCAGUCUGCAGCUGUUAUGUUGUGUCGAGGAAAACUAGGAUCUUGGGCAAGCAGAGAGGCUAUUCCCAGGUCUUUUAUACCCCUGCUUGGGGUUUUCAGGGCAUGAACUGUCCCUCUCAGUGUAGGGCUGAGUAGCACGUCUGCUGCACAUGUUUGACAUACCAUCCGAUCCGCUCUUGUAUGGCCCCAUGCCUUCUUCAGGCGUUAUGCCAAAUGGAGGUAGUGAGGGUGCUCCACCUUAAAUGAUUUACUUUUUGGUGCAUGUUUUGUAUAGUUUUCGUGUGUGUUUGGAAGCUCUGGGGUGGAUUACGAUCACCCUGCCUUUCUCAAAGUCCUCCUUCCCAGCACUCCUUCGUCACUCCCGGCUCCACGCCUGCAUUCUUCCAAUGCUCUGAAUAAUUGUUGAGUUUCCCACUUGACCAAGACGGGUCCUGGCAGACCGAAGUCCCGCCUGCUUGCUAAAUGAACCUGCUUGCCAAACAUCUGGCUCAGUUGGAUGCCAAAUCCCUCAGGCGAAGGCUUGAGCGGGUGAACGUGGGAUGGGGUGCAAACUUUGCGCGUUAUUGCCAGAAUCCUCUCUCCCAGCCACUCCACGAUGUCGAGAGAGGCUCAUCUCAUGACAGUGUUAACCGGUUUGGACUGUAGUUUGGGGAACCACACUUCUUCAAACCGAAAUUUUAAAAGUUUUUUGUCUCAUUUGUACCUGCAGUGGUCUGACAGGUUUAACUUUUAACUUACUUUGGAUAACUUUUUCUAAGCAGCAUCUUCAAGAGCGGGGUUUUGUUUUUUUGGCAUGGCAAAUGUUUUCUGCAUUUUGCAAUAAGUGGAGGCCGAGACUGUGAUCUGUCCUGUGUCUUUUAAAAUAAAAAAAAUGCAUCUUUUAACCUUCUUGCUCCAUGGAUUCCUAGUAUCUCAAAGGUAAGUAUUGGAAUGCCCCCCCCCCCCCAAUAAUUAAACGAUCAGCGAGCUGAUCACCUGACCAUACAGAGCUACUUUUUUGGCUUUUGUUCAUCAAAGACACUCGACUAGAUCAGCUUUCUUUCUUUUUUUAAGGGGCUUCUUUCUGUUCCCUUGUGCUAUACUAGGUGCUAAUUCUGGUAUCCGGGUAUAUAUUUUGCACUCCUGAAAAAGAAGAAGAUACGUUAGAGCUGCUGUCACUAAAUUUUGUCAUUGAAUAAACGAAGUAUGAUGCAA